AUGAGUGAUGAAAAAAGUAAGGACGAAGCCGAAAACUGGAAGGAUUUUGAAACUUUGUGCGAUAAAAGUACAGUCGAAAUGGAAAUUAUAGAUGUCGGAAAUGACGUAAUCACUUCUCUCAGGAGUGACUUGGCUGCUCUACAGUACAAACGGGACAAGUUAAUAUCCGAAAACAGCGACUUAAAAAACCAAAUGCUGUCGAGGGACCAAAGGAUUUUGGAGCAACAAGUUGAAAUCGACCACCUACGAGAACAGAACGCCCGCCAAAAUGCAAUCAUAUCAUCUCUUAAAAACAAAAUUCAAAAUCUCGAAGAGACUCAACGUGAUUUACAAGCUUCACAGAAUAGGAGCGAUCUCAAUUUGCAGACGCUACAAAGAGACAAUCGUUACGCUGAAGAGAAAAUAAAAGAUUUAGAAAAAAAGAUACGUUCUCUUGAACUUGAGUGUCAUAAUGAAGAACAACAAAAAGAGAACGCUAGAUGCCAAUUCCAAGACUUAGUCCGUCGGCUGUCAGCUGCUUUAGAAUCUGAUUUUUGUGACACUACUCAUACCCAUUCACCAGAAAGCUUAAUCAUCAAGGCAUCAGAGCUCGUCCAAGAAACAGCUAGACUCAAAAACAAAUGUUUAAAUAUAACAGAAAGUUUAUCUACCAUAGAACAAGACCUAAGAAGCUGCAGGGAUAGUUUAGAGAGAUCCAAUGCCGACAAAGAUAUUUUGCAACGCCAGCUUUCCUCUCAAUUGCUUGAUAUCGAAAGACUAAAACAAGAGAAAGAAUCUCUUACAGUUCAAAAUAGAGUUUUGGAAAGGGAAUUACAUGAAGCACGGGAAAAGCUAUCUCAUUGUACAAAAAAUUUAAACGUUGUAACCGACAAUGUUAAUCAAAACGAAACAAUUAUUAUACAGCUAAAAGAGGAUUUGAGACACCGUGACGAUAAAUAUCAACGAUUACAAACAGAAUUUCGUAACACAAUGGAAUCAAUAGCUAUUGUCCUAAGUUUGCCUACACGUUUCGUUGAGGCUCACGAAAGCACAAUCAAGGAUAGGAUUCGAGAAAUUUUAGGCGAAAAUAAGGACAAGGCUGCACAAAUAGAAACAUUACGCGAAAAACUAAAUAUGGAGUCACAACAGUUGAGUAAAAGCGCGCAUAUGACCGAACAAGCUAACACCCGGAUUCGAAUUCUUGAAGACGAGAGGAACAUGUUGGAGGCCAAAGUGCACAAAUUGGAGUCCGAACUGAACGCAAUGGAACAUUCUCGCGAUAGCCUUCGUAAAGAUAAAGCUAACUUUGUAGCAUUCCUCGAGCGUCUGAGCAGGACGCUAAAUAUGGAUGAGUUGACCCAGGAUGUCGGCAUAGAUCUCCACACUGAAUCGAUUAUCCACCGGGCCGAGCAACUGGCGAGGCUUGAGAGCGAUAAAAUUGUUGACAAGCUGCUAUAUUACGGAUACUAUGGCACGCUGCCGCGCCUGCGCAGGGAAAGAUCUUUCCAUGAUUUGCCAUAUUUAAAAGAAACCGCUGUCGUGUACCAGUUGCAAAGGAGAAUAAGAAUACUCAGGGAGCAACUUCAACGAAAGGACAUGCAUUUAGAUUUAUUACGGCGCAAAUUGAGCGUGCAGGAAGAGAGUUCCCGCGUGCGUGCAGUUCUGCAAGCGGAACGCGACGAGGCAAUUUGCCGCAGCAAGAAGCUGGCCCGCCAAUGCGAUAAGCUGACCGUGCAACUGAGCGACGCUCGCGCUCAGAUCAGAGACCUCAACUUACAGCUCGCUGACGCCGCUGAAUACAAGAUAUCGUCAUUAGAGCGAGCGCGAAAAGUCGACGAACUGCAAAAGAAAUUGGAAGAAGCAGAAAUGCUGCGAACGCGUUACAAUCGCAAAGUUAACUGUCUGAAAGAACAAAUCCGAACCACGGGGGAGACAUUUGAACAGGAACGCACGACUACUGAACGCCAGAUCAGUAUGCUGAGAGAUGACUUGGCGAGAACAAAGGAAGCUCUAGCAGAGUGUCAGAGGAGGGAAGCGCAGUUACAAAGCUUCAGGAACUCCAUCGCCAAACUUCUGGGUAUCCUCGUACCGUCCUCCGUAUCUGACUUCGAAAUGGUAUCCCGCCUUCAAAAGCUGAUUGACGCGCACCACGACUUUACUGUCGUGUCGCGACGAUAUGAUGAUCCUGCCUUACUACGGGCCUCCUCGCGAUCGCCACCACCUUCGAGAUGUAGGACUCGAACUCCUGAUAGGUCCCUACGUUACGACGACUCCGGGUACGCGGAUCCGGCGUUCGACCUCGAGGACGACUUGUACAAGAACCGCGCUGGCUUGUGA